CAGAUGAGCUACUAUGGCAACUUAAAUAAGCUAACAAUAAAUGGAAGUGCUGAAUCUUUGCAUGCGUUAACAAGUUAAAGAUGGCGAGAUUCAAUCCUGUUAGUGGCAGUGAGCCUCUGAUGAAGCUAGAGAGGCCCACUUCAGGUUGUUCCCAAAGCACAGCUCAUCUCAUCAAUGCUGCUUUCACUGACGUCCUCUCGGCAAAGCCCCAUGACGCCAAGGCCGUGGGUAAUCUGGCCGUCUCUAAAAGAGGAGAGUCAAAUUACCAUGACAAGUUUGUUGACCAGCUAACGCAGGUAUCUGAGAAGUACAAUCAGCGGCUGGCCCUUCUCUCCCAGCUGGAGAGGCACUUGGUCAAGGCCAGAGCGAGGGCUUUAGCUGAUGAUGAGAAAUCCCUAACCUCAACCACCGAGCUAUGGCCAACAGGCACUGAGCUAAACCUGCCACGAGGUCCGUCUCAGUUCAGGAAACAUCUUGAUGAAGAGUUACUGUCUCGCCACAAUUUGCUGGUGCCCUCAAAGUAUCUACCAUCACAACCUGAGCACCACAAACCACCUCAUGAGACUCCACCACUCUACCUCAGCUCCACAAUCACUGCCUCCAAUCAUGCUCGCAAAAAACCAAAUAUUAUCAUUGACACAAUGGCAGCAAAGCAGACACUCCAGCCAAGCAAUCCAAUAUGGCAUAACACUCUCUCACUGGAAGAAAGGGAGCUAGAAAAAUUGGGCCUCACUAACUUUAACCGCAAAGCCAACUACCUCCGUAACUCACGCUACUCAAAAACAAAAUGGAGCAACACAGCCAGCUCUGGUCCUGUCAGGAUGAGACAAAGUGGGCAGCCUUACCCAAAGGAAAGUAUGUCAUUUGUUGCUGAGCCAGAAGAGGUUCAAUUCACUGACUAUUCUGUGGGGGAAACCUAUGAGGCCACAUUAGAGCUCAAGAACAUCAGUGCAGUGAGCAGGCAGCUGAGACUGGUCCCCCUGAAGUCAGCCUAUUUCAAAGUGGCUCCCAGUGCUUGUCCCACUGCCAAUGGAGUGGUAGCCCCCGGACUGUGUGCAUCCUACACAAUCUCAUUCACACCAGACUCACUGGAAAACUAUCAGACAGAUCUGACGUUUGCCACCUGUAACGAUGAGGAAGUGGUGAUUCAACUGACAGGCUUUAGACCACCUCCAAUCCUCAGCAUUCCUGACAUGUUGGAAGCUGGUUAUUGUUUAGCUGGGGGAAAGAAGACCACCCUGUUAGAGUGUGCCAACACUGGUGGGGAGGGAACCUUCUCUCUCUACAAACCAGACAACACACAACAUGACAUUGCAACUUCCAAGCUUGUCCUGGGUCCAUUCACUAUCUCUCCAGCCCAGUUCUAUUUGCCUGCUAACGAGGGGGUCAUCCCCCUCUCCAUCUCGUUUGCCCCUGACAAAGGAGUGGGGGAGUACUCUCAACAAUUCAACAUAGCCUGUGACAAUGGACAAGUCAUGGCGUUCACUGUCCGAGGUGUUGCUGAGAGUGUGAGUGUGGGCUGUACGGGUGUGGGGGGAGAGCCCCUACCACCAGAGCUAGAGCUUACUGCUGAGAGUGUGAGUGUGGGCUGUACGGGUGUGGGGGGAGAGCCCCUACCACCAGAGCUAGAGCUUACUGCUGAGGACUCUAGUACCCCUGAAACAGUGGCCAACCCUUCCAUCAACUUUGACACUGUCAAUCCACACAAUCAGUCCACAGGAACUUUAUUUAUUCAGAACUUCAGCAAUGUUGAGUUGACCUACCACUGGAGGUUCUAUCGACCCAUCACUGAGGGCCCACCCUGGAAGAGAGCUCAGGGGGACACACCUCUCAUUAACAAAUUGAUACCCUCGGACAACACUCCAUUCUCUGUUUACCCUUCCAGUGGAAGCUUGGUUGCCAAAGAAACAAAGAAAUUUACAUUUUACUUCACUCCUAAUGAGGCUGCCUUGUAUGUGGACAUGGGCUAUCUAGUGAUAACUGGGAUAGAUUCCAACGAGCCUCUCGUGUCCUCUGAGGAGGAGUUUGACUGGCUGAGACUGUCUCCCUCAGAGGUGGCCGUGCUCCCUAUUCAACUAUCAGCAGUGGCUAAGGAGUUUCACGUGGAGAUGUAUCCACCAGCUCUGCUCAUACCUUACAAGUUACCCCUAGCUACUGAGACCAAAAAACAAGUCAAGUUUAGUAAUCAUAGUCUAACUGCCGUCUGCUACCAGUGGUCCAAGUAUGAGUGUGAGAGUGUCAGUGUUACAGUGGACCCUCCUCAUGGCCGUAUAGAACCAGGUGGGCAGGCAGACUUGCAAGUGUGUAUUUGCUCCACCAAGGAAGGCUCAUUCUCAUUCGAUCUGUUCUGCCAACUUGAGAACUGUGACAAAACUAUCUCUCUUUCCAUUUCUGGAAAAGUUGAGGGACCAGUGGUGAGUGUGUCCGUGCCGUGUUUGGACUUUGGACUGGUCCCUGUGGGUAGAACCAAGAGUCUCACUUUUAGAGUCACCAGUCACACCAACUGCACUCUCAGCUAUGCUCUCAGACAACUCUCAGAGGAACAUCAAGAUCACUUCAUUAAUAUCCCCUGCCUGAGUUUCAGUCCUUGUGAAGGAGAUGUAGUGCCCAAUGGAAGUGCCACUAUCAGUGUCGAGUGUGAGAGCCCGGGUGUCAUAGGGAAGCUGAAAACAAUCGUGGAAGUACUCAUUGAUGGACAACCAGCUCAGCAUUUUUGGGCCUUAGCCACUCUUCAGCGACCACUAGUAUCGCUGCUCACCUCUCAAGUGCACAUGGACACGUGCUAUGUGGGGAUAGAGGUUUUGGAGGAGGUGGUGCUGGCUAACGACUCUCCCGUUCCUGCCCAGUUCACAUGGAGCAGUCAGGUAGCUGGUGAGGGGGCCAGGGUGACCUUGAGUCCUGUGACUGGCCGGAUAGGACCUUACCAGACUACCACUGUCAACAUCCAAACAACAUGGACCAAAAUGAAUUCUCAAGCUGAAGCUAUCUUGCGUUGUGAAAUCCUUGACAUGGAUAAACCCAUCUUCCUUCUUCUCUCCGCACAAGUGCUCGGGCUCUCAGUCUCUUACAGUCACCCAAAAUGCAUGAACUUUGGCCCCUCCAACAAACUGGGUGUGCCUGUGAGCAAGACACUGACAGUCGCCAACACUAGUGGUAUACCAGCUGCUCUGGUUGCCCAGGUUAUAGCAUACCCUUCGGCAACUCCCCCUGUUCCUCCAGUGCAGCCAAAACCAGAUGACAGUGGUAGAAAGAAGAGCAGAGGUAGAGCUCUUCUUGGUCGAACUGCAGAGAAAAGCAGCAAACAAGCCACAUCUGAGUACUGCAGUCUGUUGUUGCGAGAAGGUCUCGGCUGCUGUUUUACUGUGGACCCACCCUCCACUUCCCUCCCACCCUUCACAUCUGUCACACUCACAGUUACGGCACACAGUGAUAUGUGGGGGGAGUACACUGACCAGCUGUUAUGCAAGGUGCGUGGAUUGGGUGACACUGUGAUUCCUGUUCGUUAUGGGGCAGUAGGCUGUCCUAUUGUGUUUCUGUCUACUGCCACUGCAGGUUGUACCCUAGCAAGACUUGGUUCCCACGCUGCUGGUGCUAACCCAGUCAGGAGAGUGCUCAAGAUUCAGAAUAACAGUCCAGUUGACAUUCGUGUGGACUGGGAUAUGUUCAACAUUGUACAGAAUGACAAUAAGUAUGUGGAUAUCAUCAUGCCCAUAGGAGAGGCUUUCCCCAAAGCCAGUGACCUGUUGGGGAACACUAGUGAACCUACCGUCAGUACGCCUUUGUCCAGAGAUUGUGAUACUAGACUGACCUCUAGGAGUGAAAGCAGCUUGUUACGAUCACAGAAGAAUAAUGUGCUUUUUAACGAUCUUGUUUCGUACAGUGAGAGCAAGCUGGACAAUACUUCAGCGGAUGAGGGGGUGCCCCUGCCUAAUAAGCAACUAAUUACUGUUUUCAUCAAACCCCACGAGGGUGUUCGCUCUGCAAAUCCGUUUGAUAUCCAUCCCAAGCAGGUGGUGCUCCCAGCACGUGGAGUAUCUGCUGUAGAGGUCACCUUUCACCCCUCUGUAGAGGCUCUCAACCAGAUGGGCUCGUGGCUGACCUCCUAUGCUCUGGGAUAUCUGAGUCUGGACAAUGAGUGCCCUUCAUCAGUCACCAGGAAGUCUGUGCACGAUGUUAGCCCCCUGCGCAUUGACAUCAUGGCCGAAUUAGAGCAUGUCAGAUUGUCGCUGCAGUGUGACGAGGAUAAAGGCCUCAAUUUCUCUUACCCAGCCUCUAUUCUAUUGCAAGAUGGCACGAUGGCCAAUGAGAGAGUGCUGACUCAUCACUUCACCCUCCUCAAUCCUACAUCAACUGUGGCAGAGUUUAAACUGGCAACACUCACGAGGACAUUCACUGUCUCCAAUAUCUGUCUCAAGAGAGACGUACCCCUUGAUGUCAACCAGGUCGUUACACUCAAGCCACAAAAGAGUAUCUCCUUUGAUAUAUCCUUUACUGUGUGUUCUGAAGAUCUACAACAAUCAACUAACGAAGACCAGUGUACCUUAGUGGACUCUCUGCAAAUAGCGUACUCUACUGGUGCACUUCAAGAGUUCCCUCUGACCUCAACACUGGCCUUGCCUCGACUUGCCCUAUCCACCCAUUGCCUAGAGUUCAAGACCACACACAUUGACAGCAGGCCGUCUAUGGCCACUAUAGUACUCUCCAACACCAGCAUGUCCGAUGCCUUCUGGAACCUGGAGAUUUCCUCAGAUUUGCAAGAGGUAGUGUCAGUGUGCCCUGUGUCUGGAGUGUUACCGCUACACCUGACCGGAGGGACCACCAGCACUCACCUCAUCCGGGUGGAGUUUAGUCCAAGACGUGAGUGCAGUUACACUGGAACAGUGCUCCUAACCGAGGCACUGACUGGCAGGGUGACGGUGGUAGCUGUAACAGGCCGAGGAUCAGCUGAUGAAAAGUACAUUCCUACCCAUUGAACCACCACUUCAUUGUUAAUGUGGACAUGCAUUUAUACUCCCUCCCUGAUCAUUCCUUUACCUAAUAAUGUCCAUGAUUGAUAAACAUUAAUUUUGUUAUGUCUCCUAG